GCUGGCCAACCUGCCGCGCCCCAGCCUCUCCAGCAGCACUCGCCCCAACAUAGCAGUCCACAGCAGCACGCCAUUGACCCGGCAAUUGCAGGCAGUCCCUACCAGAUGAGCCAAGGCGAGGCCUCGGACGCUCACAUGAGCCCCGAGCAAAGGAAGGGAAGGAGGGAGCUGUCGACGUCGAAGCGUGCCGCACAGAAUCGCGCUGCCCAGCGAGCCUUCCGCCAGCGCAAAGAGGAAUACAUCAAGCAGCUCAAGGACCAGGUCAAGGAGUUCGAGCAGCUAUGCGAGCUGUACAAGACCCUCCAGACCGAGAACUACCAGCUGCGCGACUACAUCAUCAAUCUGCAAUCGCGUCUCCUCGAGACACAAGGCGAAAUCCCACCAGCCCCGGCCGGCGUCGACCUCACGCGCAACCACGGCGAGCCCUCGAACCUGAACCAAACCCAGCAACAACAACAGUCCCGACCCGAGCAGCAGCAACAGCAGCAGAGCACGAACAAUAACAACGGCGGCCUCUCCGAGCGACAGAUUGGUGAGCUCCAGAUGGCUGCCCAAGCAGCCGCCGCGGCGCAGCACGGUCCGUCUGUGAGCAACGGCAAGCAUCCGAACGACGGCUCAUUGGGGACAGGAGACUAUGCCGACAAGCGCCAGAAGACGGACGGGUCGCCUGCUCCAGGUCAGCAACCUUCGCCAACCUACCCUCACCCCAACGCUUAUUAG